GGCAACACACCGUCAACCCAAAACUUGUUUUGACAGGAAAAAAUAUUUUUUUCGGACGCAAUAUCUCAGCUUGCUCUUGAUUUUGGUGAAGAAAAGGUAGUGAGAAGUACUGGAAAUUUAGUGAAAAGUGUCAUACAUUGUAGCUGAUAGGAUGGCGGAUGAAGUGAGACGUAGAAAGGGGGAGAACGAGCCACAACAGCCCCAAAAUGUUCAAACAGCAGCAGACUCCUCGGAUCAUAUUGAUUCGGAAGAGGAGAAACUUCCUGAGGAGAAGUAUGUUGAGGAAAUGGUCAAGAAUCUGCAACAGGGUACGGAUAAGGUACCACAUUUGCUUGAGACAGCUGUCUCUGGACUUCCGGCCAAAUGGAGAAAUUGGGUGAUUCGGGGUGUUUUCACGAUGAUCAUGGUGUCAGGUUUUGGAGUGAUCAUCUACGGUGGACCUCUGGCUCUCAUGGUUACGACUCUUCUUGUGCAAGUGAAGUGCUUCGAAGAGAUCAUCUCUAUUGGAUACUCUGUCUACCGGAUCCAUGGUCUACCAUGGUUCCGUUCACUCUCGUGGUACUUCCUACUCACCUCCAACUACUUCUUCUAUGGGGAGAAUCUCGUGGACUAUUUUGGAGUGGUGAUCAACAAAUUGGACUAUUUGCGCUUCCUUGUAAAAUACCAUCGCUUCUUGUCCUUUUCACUCUACUGCAUGGGAUUCGUGUGGUUUGUGCUGUCACUGGUGAAAAAGUACUAUAUGAAGCAGUUUUCUCUCUUUGCUUGGACACAUGUGGCUCUAUUGAUUGUUGUCACACAGAGCUAUUUGAUUAUUCAGAAUAUCUUUGAGGGAAUGAUAUGGUUUAUUGUUCCUGUAUCAAUGAUUGUCUGCAAUGAUGUAAUGGCAUACAUGUUUGGAUUCUUCUUUGGGAAGACACCAUUGAUCAAAUUGAGUCCUAAAAAGACUUGGGAAGGAUUUAUUGGUGGAGGAUUUGCCACAGUUAUCUUUGGAUUGAUGUUCUCAUGGUUCCUGUGUCACUAUCAAUAUUUUGUCUGCCCAAUUGAGUACAAUGAGAAGCUCAAUAAGAUGGCAAUUGAAUGUGAGCCCAGUUACUUGUUUCGUCCGCAGGAAUAUGAGAUUUUGGGCAAGAGUAUCACCAUGUAUCCCUUUAUGCUACAUUCACUAUCUCUCAGUAUCUUCAGUUCAGUCAUUGGACCCUUUGGUGGGUUCUUUGCCUCGGGAUUUAAGAGAGCAUUCAAAAUUAAGGAUUUUGGAGAUAUGAUUCCUGGACAUGGAGGCAUUAUGGAUCGUUUCGAUUGUCAAUUUCUCAUGGCAACUUUUGUCAAUGUCUACAUCUCUAGCUUCAUUAGAACGGCAUCACCAGGGAAGCUUCUGGCCCAGGUUUAUACGCUGAAGCCAGAACAGCAGUUGCAGCUGUUUAAUUCACUGAAGGAUCACCUUGAGGCCAGGAAUAUCCUGGACAUCAACUAAAGAUCCAAUUGAUAGAAUUAAAUAUUGUGGAAAAUUUGAAGAAGAAAAAAAAACUACUUUAGUAAAGAUUAUGGGGAUUGUCGACUUAUGAGUGAAAUUCUGAAUUCAAGCGUUUCGAAUUUCGAAAAUUUAGGGAUUUUUUUGGUAAAGAAAUCAGUGUGGAAGGAAGAGUUUCAAAACUUAAAAAGUGAAUUAUUUAGUUCAAAAAUAAAUAUUAAAAAUUGCAAUUUAAUAUAAUAAUAAUAAUCAAUUUCUAGUCUAAACCAGUCUAAUCAACAUUCUCUCAAGAUCUCAGCUUAUUUAAAAAAAAAUCUCAGGCAUCAAGAUAAAAAAAAAAGAUAAAAUAAAUAAAAUAUUUAUCUAGAAAAGAUUUUUUGAAUGUGCUUUAUUAUUUGCAGUUUAUUUUUUUUAUUAUUUCAAUUUUAAAAAAUGUAAUAUCUCUUAACAAAUCCACCUCAAUAAUUUUAUUAAUAAUAAUGUAAAUGCCAAAGAAAGCUUCAUGAAUAAUAUUAUAAAAUGCUGAGGAUUUUUCAAAAAGUCGACAAUCCUUUUGAAAUUAUAAAUUUAUGAAGUAAUUAAGAUAAAAAAAAUAAGAUAUAUAUAGAGAGAAUCCCCAUAUAGAUAAGAAACCUGACCAAAAGAAUUCUCAUUUUAGACAUCGUCAAAUUCAAGCAAUGUUUAUCCACUAUUUUUUGCAAAUUAGAGAACAAAAGGAAAAACUAAAUCAUGAGACGUUCUUCCAAGCAUUUUGGAAGGUAAGAAAAGUAGUAAAGAGGAAAUAAAUAAAAAAAAUUAGAAAGUUAAAAGAAUAAUUUCUAGUCGAUUUGUAGGGAAACUAUAUUUGAAAUGAGAGAAUUUAUAGACAAAAAAAAAGAAUAUUUCUAUGUCAUGUUAAUUGUUCAGCAAAAUCUCGAAAUGAGAGACUCAAAGAGUGUUAAGAAAAUGCGCUGAAAAUUCUUUUUGUUGAUAAUUUUUUUUUCUCAUUAAAUUAACCAUUCCAUUUUCUCGAAGCAUUUUUCCCUGAUGAAAAAAAUCAUUCAACAGCGGGAAAUGCUAUUUUUUUCUCAAAGAGCGCAUUAAAAAAACUCAUAGAGUCAUUUUUAGUGCAAUAUUAGUCAAAUACAAGGAAAUAAAGGAUAUUAAACUCUCUUUUUUUACGUAAAACAUUAAAUAAUGUGAGAUUUUUACGUGAGAAAAAUGAAGCAUUUAUUUUUAAACAGUGGCCAAUAAUCUUAUUUAAGUUGCUUAGUCAAGCUAGUUCAUUUUUUUUAUCUCUUUUGAAUAUAAAAACGAUUUAGGACAAAUUAGUGGUGGAAAAAAAAAUGAAGGAAAAUGAAAGAGAAUUUUUCUUCUGUGUAUAAUAAUUGUAUUUUAGAGAAUUUUAGGAAGAUUUUACGAUACAAUGUCAUUAUAAUAAAUCGUUUUUUUUUUAAUUUUCUUUUCACCACUUUUCUCUUAACAAAACAUACAUUUUCCUUUUAAAAUUUUACACUGUUUUUUUGUUUGUUUCUUCUCUCCUUAAAUUAUUCCUCAAUAACAUUAUACUUUUUCUCAUUUUCUCUCUCUCUCUCUCUCUCUCUCCAACAUAUUUUUGUUGUAAAAUGAUAAGAAGCUGAAAACAGCUCAAUAUCUCAAAUUUUAUCUCAUCUUCUCGUUACAUUUCUCACCGUUUAAUUUUUCUUUUUUCUUUAAUUUUUUUUAAGAGUUAGGAAUUAUAAUUAUAUGUAAUAUUUAAAUAUGUGUAUUCAAUGUUUAGAGAAUAUAAUUGUGUGACAAAAAAAAGAAAAAUUAAUGUAAUAAAGAAAAAGAAUUUAUUGAAAUCCAAUCUAAAA